ACCGAGACCCCUCCAGUGUUGGUGUGGCGCAACAUCUCACCAAUACUGUUUUUGUUGACAGAGCCUUGAUAGUAGUGCCAUGUGCGGAAGAUGACUAGACUGGCCCAGCUGUUACACUACACUAGCCUGAGUCAGGCAUUGUUUUCCAAGCCACUAUCCCCGAUCGGGCCAACGCAGCCUUCAAGGGGGAAUGUGACCAGGAGAAUAGCCUGCUGCACCUUCCAAGAUGGACACCUUGUCUCUUUUUUUAUUUAUUUAUUUUUUUCUUUUGGUUUGUUUCCUUUCAUACUUUCCCAUGUUGUCCACUCUCUACUGUCUCUAUCUAGAAACUACAGUAUUGCUUAUCUCUAGCUUUGUGUUUUUUUAUAUUUGUUAUUUUGGUUUGUUGUUUUGAUUAUUGUCCAACCCCCCACCCCCCUCUCUCUUUCCGCUACAGCUGCGGCUUGUGUGUGAUUGAGUUCUGUCCAGGUUGCUACGGCAUACCGGUGGGAUGUGUAUCACACAUGGGAUGCUAAGAGGAUCACUAACACUUUACUCUCUUGUCACCUCCUCCUGUUGACGUAGCGAGGGUUUAGACGUUCUGAAAGUGAGACCCAGUAGAACCUUUUUAAAAUUCUAUUUGCGCUUUUCAUCUGUGCCGUAAAUCUGUAGUAAAAGGUUUUUUUUCUCCCCCUCACAUUACUACGUCACAGAGCUCUGGUAUGGAUGUUUAAUGUUUAAUAAUAACACUGCAACUCUCCAUUCAACAUCAUCAUUUUAUGCUCGGUGCCUCCAGCUGUAAUGAACAGAGUUUUUCUUGCUGGUCUUAACGUAGCUCUCUUCUCCAGCUAUAGAAGCAGCUGACUUUAGUCCAGAGUGGAAUCAGCAAAAUGCCUAAUUGGUUGUUUUUUUUUCAUGGCUAAGUCUUGGCUAACAUUUCCCACAGUUCUUACAAUUGUUGUUCUUUUCUGUAUCUGAUGUCCUGUGUGCUAUUAGUGAUGCAGCCAUUGGGGUUGUGUUGUGUUGCACACCUUUCCAACACUGCGAAACGAUCGCCACACGGAAAAGCGCCCAUGCUUGAUAUCGUAUGGUUCAUGACCAAUAUGUUUCCAGUACAGGGAGAAUCCCAGAAGAGGCCAAGGCCUUGUCACUUUUGGCACCUGCCGCCCCAGUACCCAGUCUGAUUCCUGGAGGCGGACUGCUACCGAUUCCCGCUCCAGCUCCGCUUCAGAACCUGAACCUUCCCGUAGUGAAUCGGCUGUCGGCUGCCCUGGACCCCGCAGCAGCAUCAGCGAGCGCCCAGGCCCCCCUCAUGGGGAAUGUGGAUCCCUCAAAAGUGGAUGAGAUCAGGAGGACCGUCUACGUUGGCAACUUGAACUCACAGACCACCACUGCAGACCAGCUGCUGGAGUUCUUCAAGCAGGUGGGAGAGGUCAAGUUUGUGCGAAUGGCCGGAGACGAGACUCAGCCGACACGCUUCGCCUUCGUCGAGUUUGUGGAGCAGGACUCCGUCGGCAGAGCCCUGACAUUCAACGGAGUCAUGUUCGGAGACAGACCCCUUAAGGUUAAUCAUUCCAAUAACGCCAUAGUAAAACCCCCGGAGAUGACGCCACAGGCCGCCGCUAAGGAGCUAGAAAGUGUGAUGAAGAGGGUGAGGGAAGCCCAGUGCACCAUCGCUGCUGCCAUAGAUCCAGCUGACCUAGAGAAGCGCUCCUCCAGCCGGUCGAGGAAGUUGCGUCUGUCCCGCUCUCCGUCCCGCUCCCGCUCAAGAACGCACAGGAAGAGGUCCCGUUCGAAACACAGACCGGUACCGAAAGUGUGGCCGAGGACCGACACCCACAAUCCCCGAAGCACCCACAAGCGGCGCUCCCACUCCCGAGACAAGAGACAAAGUCGGAGUCGCUCCAGGGGCCACAGGAGGAGGAAUAAGGACCGGUCCAGGAGCCCUCGCAGGAAAGUCAGAUCACCCUCCCCGAAAAGAGGUGGGAAAGACAAGAGGACGGAGCGCAGCAGGGACAAAAAGGACCGAUCCACAUCCAGGAAGAGGAGCCGCAAGGACGAGGACAGGAUAAAGAGCAAGGCCAAGCCAAAGAAGGUGCAAAAGGACUAUGACCGGCAAGAAAAGGAAGACUUUGAUAGUGAACGAGAAGACGCACUCAGCGAGGACAUGACGUCAUCGCCGUGCGCCCUGCAUAACGGUGGCUACAAGACUCACAACGCCGAGUAUGCACAUCUGGGCAGCUCCAAGUGAUUAUUACAGCACCAUACGAACUCACCCCGCGUCCCAUCUCAGCGCAGUACGGCGUACGUAUAAACACCGGGCGAUAACCACUCAUUAGCAGCGUGUUUUCCUCAUCGUCGUCAUCUCAUGAUCUUUUUUUUUGAACUCCACAUUGUUGGCAACAUGUGGAUCCUGUGACUCAGCGGAUGUUCUGUCCCCCACUCAAAGGGCAGGUGAGCACUCGGUGCAGCGUUUCCCGUUUAGAAGGGAGGCUGCAGGUUUCGCAGAAGGUGCUCACGAUACGACAGUACGACACUAAAUAGUUGAGUCAACACCUCAACAGCAGCUGGACAUUACAAGCUUCCCAAACAAACACAUUGGAUUGCAUGAUAUCAUACGGUUGUCCACCUCCUCUGUGUGUCAGUCAGCCUGUUAUUCCUUCUGUACAGACACAAAGACUGUAGUCACCUACCCAGGCAGAAACAAUGUGCAGCUGCAGAGCUUUUGAAACUCCUCUUGGUCCAUUCCUCCUGUGACAUCUUGACCACACUUCAGUAGUCUGAAAAGCCUUUCAUGCCUCUUAGAUUAGAAGUGUAUAUGCCUUUUCUUACAAACACAAUGUUUUUGUCUUGAUAUUGCAAAAAGCUAUUUGCAGCAACAAUCUGCGUUAACGGUAAUAAAAAUGUAUCUUACGGGAGAGAGAUUUUAAAAUGUUUUCCUUUUAUGGCGUGAGAACCGGUGGAAAAAGGUUCACAAACGAGUCGGUAAUGCAUAUAGGAACAAAGCAGGUUAUCAUUUUAUGCAGUUUAUUUUAUCAAAUUUAAUCUGCUGUGUAUGAGCACAGAUACAGGCACUGAACGGCAAAAUCUAAACUGGAUUGCAACAUAUUUCAAACUUCACUGACUUCUUCAGGCAUCCUUUAAUAACAUAUCAGAGAAAUCUAGUAAAAGUACUGCAGUGAAUCCUUAAUAAUCUAGUAAAAGUACUGCAGUGAAUCCUUAAUAAUCUAGUAAAAGUACUGCAGUGAAUCCUUAAUCUGUAAUCUGUCCAUACAGUCAGUUUCUCACAUGGCUUUUCAUUUAUCACAAAGCAACUGAGUUUGCAUCAGUUGCAUUUUAUACAAAACAUUAAAAAAAUGACCUAUUGUAAAAUAUAGAUAAUAAUAGUAUAAUCCAGGCCGUUAUCAUGUUAGGUUCUGUGUCUAGACUUGCUGCUCACCAGCACACCAAGAAGGGGAAGUGCCAAUCAGAACAAGGAUCUCACCAACUGAACCAUCAUUUAGAUCAUCAGGUAUUUCAUCUCUCAUUAUCGACACCCCUUCUUAUUCUGCUGCUCUGGCCGCGGUGUGGCUGUGACGGCCACUUCGCAUAUUCUGCUUUCUUUUUUUUUACUAAAGGAAACAAACGGUGCAUUACAUAUUUAAUACGUGUCUUCUGGGUGUAGGAACACGAGGGCCCCUCAGCGUACGGAUACUUCUAAAUCGGGGAAGCUAAAAUGCUCAUCUGCCCUUUGUGUGCUGUUAGACGUGAACGACGCUCUGCACCAUUAACUCUGGAACGUCCUGCAGAAAAUGUACGCUGUUGAUUUUAAGACUUGAAGUGCUGUAAUUAUGAGAGUGCAGAACGGUAUUGUACUGUUUCUGUUAACCUGUCAACCUAAUAUAUUGUUGCAUAACUCAUUCGGGCAACAAGAAUACGUCGUUUUACUUUGUUUUAUGGGUGUACAUUUUAUUGCGUUUUUUAUAUUUCCGAUUUGUCACGACGAUGUAUCAUCUUCCUUUUCCUCUUAUUGUUGUAAUGCUGUGAGAUAAAAUAUUUACUGUUUUUAUAGAUACAAAACAAGCCUAAACUAUAAAAAAAGAGAAAUGCUGGCGGUGUACAAAAUGUCUGUCGGCUCAAAGUGAGACCCAAAUGAAGCCCAGAUUGUCGGAUGUGUCGCAGGUCUAACUGAGAGCACAGAAGGGUCAAAAGUGCCUAGACUAAGAUUGUACAGAAUAUUCUAAUAACACAUGGAGACUUAUUGACAAAUGCAACCUGAAGUUAUUGUUUAGGAUGUUGAAUAGCUAAAACGAAUGAGACGUUAUAUUUAAGUAUUGUCGGCUGUCUUUAGUAAUUAAUAGAGUAGAUUGAACAUUCAUGGGACUUUUGUGGAUUUGUCUUUUUUUAUUUGAUCAUGUGUUUCUCUGUCAUUUCUAGUGUUUUGGUUUUCAGUAUUGUGAUCGUGUCAAAAAUGCAUCCGCAAACAUAUUGAGAUCAGUUCCUAUUUCAUUUUUUUCGUUUCUUGGAAAGCUAGAUAUAUUUUAAAACUUAAAUUUCCCCCGAUGGCUUUUUUAUUUUCCUGCUUUUUUUGUGUUCACAGCACUUCAGUUUGAAGUGAUGAAGUUUAAAAGAUUUUAUUUUAUUUUUUUAUAUCCACGUGUCCGCUGUGUGCGGAUACUACAGUAGAGACGAUUGACGGGGGAAAGUCUGUGUUUGAGACUCGAUGUAAAGAUUUGGUAACACGGUUUUUGAAGAACUUGGAUGUUUGUUUGUGGUCCUCAGUUUGAAACGAGAGAUACAUCUCAUCUGUUUCCUAAACAACACUCAAUAAAGAGACUUUUCAUUCA